UCUAGGUUUUCAUCAUGAAUAUCUCGGUGCAAGUUCGUCUUUGGGUUUGGGUCUGCUCCCUGAUGUUUGUUGGACGUUGCACUUCUCUGACUUUCUGCGAUUAUUGCUACUGUGACACCCCCGACAUAUGGUGCAGCGGAGUCAACUUCCACGAAGCCUUAAACCAUACUGUUCCAAGUCGUGUCGCCAGUCAUACAGAGUUCCUUAAUGUGAAUACAUUUGACGGCAAGAUGAUACUGGCCAACGAUACACUUAGUGUCUUUCCUGCCGUACAAAGGCUUUCGAUAAGUACUUACCAAGUCUCUUUCGUAGAUCAAUUUGUUUUUGAGGGGCUUUACGAGUUAUCAUACAUUUAUUUGGAAAUGAACAAUCUUCAUGAAAUACCAAGUGAAGUUCUUUUCCACUUGAGAACCUCUCUGAAGGAGCUGCAUCUGGUAAAUCAACGUCUUCGUAACAUCCCGUCAAAUGCGUUUGCGGAAUUAGUCAACCUCCAAGAAUUGACUAUUACCUAUAACCUAAACUAUCUUGAUAUAUCACCCGAUGCGUUUAAUGGUCUUGCGAAAUUAACAGGCCUUUGCUUAUCGAGUUGUAACAUUCGACAUUUACCUAACACAACCUUCUCGGGGUUACAUACCCUACAGGAAUUAGACCUUAGUUACAAUCGCGUAGUUGAAGUACCGACUGCGAUUCAAACCCUCAAAUCUCUCAUGAAGUUGGACCUCUCUCACAAUACACUUUUGGUCAAUCCAAUGGACUUGAUGUUCUUGAGAAGUACGACUAAGCUGCAGAAACUCCAAAUGAGGUACUGUGCUAUUUCUAAAAUAUCACCAGACGCUGUUGAUAACCUCAAAGCAUCUCGAGAUCUAAUGGUCGCGAAUUUCGAUGGAAAUCCGUUCAAAUGUACAGAGGAUCUUUGCUCUUUCGCAAGCUGGUAUGUUAGUCUGCCGGGGCCGAGUACAACUACACGAAGUCCUAACUUCAUCCCUUUUAUCACCCUAAGUCCUCCUCCAGGAAAGGGGCCAUAUCAAUGUGACAACUAUGGCAAGCCCCUCAAGGACUUCUUCAGUGAGUCUUGUCUACCCAUCAAGCCUGAUCCUAGCCCAUCCAUUUUUCCUCCUAGUGAAACACCGUGGCAUGUGGUAAUAAUUGCUGUCACUGUCAUCCUCGUCGCGUUCGUCGUCACCAUCGUAUCAUUCGUCGUUUGGAAGUUCAGGUUGAUAAACUUCUAUCAUCACCGCCUAGGGAUUUCCUUUCAGCGCCAUGUCGAUUACGGAGCUGUGGGAGACAACAACCAUGAAUAUGUUUAUGACGCCUACGUCAGUCAUCACGAUGACGACAAGUCAUUCGUCCAAGAUGAGAUGCUUCCUCGUCUCGAAGACGAAAACGGCUUCGAUCUCUGCCUCUCCUUCCGCAACUUCCGUCUGGGUUCCAACAUUCUGAGGAAUGUGUCUUCGGCUCAGGAUGUCAGUCGUGCCAUCAUAUUCAUCAUCAAUGAACGCUUCAUGCAGAAUGGCCAGUGUAAGCUGGAGCUUGAGAUGGCUUCGACGAGGAUGCUGGAAGACGAAACGGGACACGAAGGACAACGUCUCAUCAUUAUCCUGAUGGAAGUCCUCGCUCCCGAAUUGGUGAACAGCACCCUGAGGGUACUUCUAAACCAUGUUGCUUAUCUCGAGUGGGAUCCUGUUGCAGAAGAAAGAUGUUGGGGUCAACUCAUUGCUACUCUGGAUACGUUGGUGCCAGAAAGGAAUACCAACAAUGAAGAGGGUGCCGACGAGGAGCGAGAUGACGGCGACCAAGCGGACGAUAACGAACACGACGAAGAUCAAACUGUUUGAUUAGGAGUCUAUUCGGGCUUGAAU